AAUACACUCAUUCCACACGCACUUAUUCACAUACAAAAUAAAAUUUUUCUUCCACAAUUUGGAAGAAACAAUUCACACUCUACAACUGCCACAGUCACUCCCACUGUUAACUAAUUACAAAAGAUUCAAUCUUUAUUCAAAUGGAUAUGUCUGAUUUCUCCGAUCUGUUUCCGUCCUUGUAUCCAUCAGAAUCAUCAAAUUCAGAUCUUGUUGACAAUAGAACCACCACCACCACCACCGCCGCCGCCAAUAUUGAAAUAGAAGAAGAGGUUCAUUUGGCUUCAAGCAAUCCCAAAAAACGAGCUGGUCGGAAGAAAUUUCAAGAAACCCGUCACCCUGUUUUCCGCGGCAUUAGGCAGAGGAAUACCGGCAAGUGGGUUUGCGAAGUCCGGGAGCCCAACAAGACAACCAGGAUUUGGCUUGGAACUUUUCCGACAAUCGAGAUGGCGGCGAGGGCUUAUGACGUGGCGGCGCUAGCUCUCAGAGGACGACUUAGGAUUCCGACAUCAACAGAUCCGAAAGAGAUUCAGAGGGCUGCGGCUGAGGCGGCGGAGGAAUUUCGGCCGUCAAGUGUGACGGAGUAUGCCUUGAACUUUCCGACCAACGAGAAUGUGGGAGACGACGAUUCGGUCUUAGGUGGCGGCGAACAGGUGGGAUUCUGCGCUGACAUGGCAGAAGGGCCUCUGUUAUCGCCACCUCGUCAUAGUACAGAUGGAUGUUAUUUCAGCGAUAAUGAAGUGGACUUCUAUCAUGACCUAACACUAUGGAAUUAUUGAGCUUAAUUAUAGUCUAGUAAAUUUUGUACAAGUUAAAAGUUAUAUCAACAGUAAUUUUAUAAGCUGUUUGAAAUAACUUGUACACAAGUAAGUUUAUCACUAUAUAUAAAUAAUAUUAUCAAAAAGUGAGUGGGUCAAAAAAAAAAUAAUAAAAACAAAGAACUUGACAUGAUCAGGAAUGUUCCAUAGAAAGUUCGUGAAAUGACCAAGUCAAAAAUCCUAGU